UAAUGAGGCAGGUUGAUCCAAAUAUGGCCCUUUAGAAGUCUUAAGUUUGGGAUUUAGAACUAUAAAAUGUAUGGUUAGUGUAUAAUGUUAGAUGGCUGUUCUAUAAAAAGAGAUAGAAAUUCCAAAAUAUUAGAUUGUUGAGAGUGAAGAGUAAAGAAUUCGUGAAAUUCCCUCAGCAUACAUCCAUACAAAUAUAGUUUAUCCUGAUGAGAAUGAAUAUUCUUGUGAUGAAGAGGAUUGCAAAGCUGGGAUUGAUUCUAAUGCAAUAUAAUAACUGGAUAUUAGGAAUAACCUGUCAAACACUAAGAACUAUGUACGAUAAUAUGAGUUGUUAAAUUAAUUGAACUAUUGUGGUGAGUAUUAUAAUGCAAAAGUUGAGAGAUUACAAAGACCUUUAUUGAGAGUAUUUAUGAGAGCUUAGGAAGAUGAGUAAUAAUCAUUUUUAUUUGACAAUUAGUUGUCGAUUGAAUGUUGCUUUCCAUCCUAGGAGAGCCUACAAAUAAAAAAGAUAAAAAAGACUCAACAUCUAACUUCCUGAGUUUGAUAUUUCUAGGUAAGUGAUAUAUUAUGAAAACCUAAUUUCUCUUCAUCUGAUUUAAUAAAUUAAGUAGCGUGAACUAUUAAAAUUAAAACUAAUAAAAUAAGAUGAAGAGUAAUUUAUUAGCAAUUUUAGCAGUUGUUCAAAUAUAUUCAAUACUCUUAGAGAUUUAAGAGUUGCAUUAAAGGAAGAAGAACCUAAUGAAUUAAAAGACAAUAGAUUUAAAAUAUUUGAUUCUUGUUAAGAUAUUGAAUGUGCAUAUUAAUUCAAUACACCUACAAUAUCUUAAACUGUUAUAGAAUUUAUGGAUGACUAGUAUUAAUCUAUCAAAGAUAAGUAAAUUCUAUGGCCUAAAAACAUAAGUUUGCUUUCUGAUUGGAUGUUGGAUAGUUAUACUAGAAUCGGAGUUUCUUAAUAAAAUAAUUAACUUAUUUAUACUACAAAUGAACGUACUUUGUUUAUUUAGGAUAGAACUAAGAAGAACAAAAAGAAAGUUAAAUUAAUGCUUAUUAAUAAAAAUAGAGCAUCUGUCUUUGAUGGAGUUAGAGCAGAUUAUGGGCAUUUCUAUUCGCAUUUUUAGAGACAAUCAUUUAAAAUUGAAUAAUUAAUAGAUUUAUAAAGAAAGGAGGUUUAUAAAUGUAAAUAGGAAUAAAAUAAAAAAGAAUUAUAUCUUAAAAUACAUUAAAAGAAAGAGGAGGAGAAAAAGAUGUUAAAAAUUAGAUUGAAAUUAAAUUAUCCUGAAGAACCAAAGAUAAUUAAGACUGUAAAAAUUGAACAUUCAGAUAAUCUUAAAUUUAAGUUAGUUAUAGAUGAUUCUUCCGCUUAAUUUCAAUAAGACAACUAUUAGAUUAUCUUAAAAUGA